AUGGGUGAGCUUGUAAAUGCUGCAAGAACAUUAGGUGAAACAGGAAAUUUUGUAGAUGGUUUUAAAAGACUUGUUUCAAAUGUUUUAACAAACACAAAGAAAUUAUUUAGAUAUACCAUACAUAACGGACGGAUUUUCGAACAGGUAGCAACAAACCCUCCGGUUAUGGCUGCGUUGAUGAUGGUUAGAGAUAUAAAACCACGUAACGACGGGAACGAAGAACAUGAACAACAGAGCCCAACGGGCUCAGAGCCACAUAGUGGCGAGGAUACUGGUCGGGUUAUUCAAGACAUUAAAAACGUGUAUCCUGAAGUUAUUGAUUUAUUUAGAGGAGUUAAUGAUUCAAUUUCAAAACAUUCUAUAACCCUCGAUGAAGAGAAUAAAUUAACAGAUUAUAUAUUCGUCAUUAUUGCAGAAUUAAUGAAGAGAAUAAAUGAAAAAGGAAUUGGUGAUAUCAUUAAUGUCAGCGAUGUAAUGAUGAAAAGAAAUUUUGACUCAUUAUUUACAAAACCGAAAACAGAAUAUAGUCUUUAUGACGUAAUUACCGAAUUAAUGAAAAAGAUUAAUGAUAAUAAGAGUUCUGGCGGAAGAGUUGAAUUAGAAGUGAAUGAUGUUAAUGAGAAAUUAGCCGAAAAAGCAGAUAAAAACCACGUUCAUUAUAUAACUUCAGACGAACAGAUUAUAACGGACUACCAUGGAUAUUUAACACGAAGUGAUGAAGCGAAGACAAAAAAUGUUAAUGAAAGAAGAUAUAAAUACAUUCGUGCUAAAGGUUAUGACAUAAGCUGUACUGUACAGUAUGACACAGGUAAAGCACCAGAAGCAUUUA